CUGCUGGAGUUCGGCGUUGGCUCGGGUGUCUUCUACUUUCCUCCCGCCAGCGGCGAGGGCCCGCGAGAGCCACACUGCUGCGUGACCUUUCCGUGGACUGCAGUACACCAUUUCGCAGCUGUAGCAGCAAACGACCCAGCAGCAGCACCAGCAGCAGCAGCAGCAGCAGCACGUUCAACUCCUGUGAGAGUCAAAGUCCGCAGCAUUCAUGACAAGAGCUGCAUGCGCCUUGAGCCCUUUAGAACAGAAGCCCGUUGGGGCCUCUUUGGCGCAGACGUGGUGCUGCGGAGGCUGUGGAACAGCAGCAGCAGCAGCAGCGGCAGCAGCGGCAGCAGCAAGAGCAGAAGCGAUUGCGACACUGAAGCGAAGGACAAGGGCUGCGCAGCCGAGUCAGGCCCUGCUGCUGUCCCGCAGCAAGACCCCCCAGCAGCAGCAGCCCCAGCAGCAGCCCCAGCAGCAGCAGCAGCAGCAGCAGCAGCAGCAGGUAGUGGGGGGCCAGGGGACAUAAUAUGCGUUGCUGAAGGCGAGUUUGACGCGAUGGCCAUUUGGCAAGAAACUCAAAUGCCAACUGUCUCUGUUCCUUUGGGGGCCAACAGUCUCCCGCCGCAGUUGCUGCCUUUCUUCGAGCGCUUCAAGACCAUCUACUUGUGGUUCGACGAAGACACGGCGGGCCGGGAAGGCUCAGACCUCUGGGCUUCAAAGCUGGGCAUCAGCCGCUGCCAUGUCGUGCGAUGCACCGACGAGCUGCUGCAGCACAUGCAGCAGCAGCGGCAGCAGCAGCGGCAACAGCAGCAGCAGCAGCAGCAGCAGCAGCAGGAUGAGGAGCCCAGAAUUCCCAAGGACGCCAAUGAAUGCCUCCUCGCGGGCUUCGACUUGAACACAAUGCUGCUGGCAGCACGCAGAGUUCCUCACCAGCAAAUUCUUAGCUUCCAAGACCUGCGGGCAAGAGUCUUGCACGAGCUUGUGGAGCCAGGCACGCUGCUGUUGCUGUUGCUGCUGCUGCUGUUGCUGUUGCUGCUGUUGCUGCUGUUUGCGGCGUUCAUUCCGCUGGUGCUGCUGUUUGCUGUGCAUUUCGCGUCAAUACUGCUGUCUGCCUUUUACUGCACUCUCCCAGUUGUUGUUGCUGUUGGUGCUGCUGCUGCUUGCUGCGCUCCCCCGUUGUUGCUGCCGCUGCUUGCAGCCGUUAGCCCGCCCAUUGUGCUGCUGCUGCUGACCUCUCUUUUGCUGCGUCUGCGUCUGCUGCUGCAGCAGCAACGCGAGGCCUUCAGAGCGUGA